AUGCGCUUGCUAGAGUGCGAUAAUGCUGACGGAUAUCGGCUCACCAAAGCACUAUUAGAUAACAAUAUUCCUCCUUAUGCAAUUCUCUCACAUACAUGGGGAAGUGACGAACAGGAAGUCAAUUUUGAAGAUAUAAACUCAGGUAAUGGCAAAGCAAAAACCGGUUAUGAGAAGCUCCAGUUUUGCGGAAAACAGGCUGCCUGUGACAACAUCGAUUAUUUCUGGGUGGAUACUUGUUGCAUUAAAAAGACGAGCGACCCUGAGUUGAGCGAAUCUUUGAACUCUAUGUUUCGCUGGUAUAAGAAGGCUAGAAAAUGCUAUGUCUAUUUAUCAGAUGUAGAGGUCGUUCAAAAUGGUGUAGAGCAACCACAAAGCGUGUGGGAAGGGCGUUUUCGGGCCAGCCGAUGGUUUACAAGAGGAUGGACGCUCCAAGAACUCCUGGCUCCAAUAUCAAUCGAGUUCUUUUCACGGGAUUGUUGUAGGCUUGGUGAUAGGGAAUCACUGAAGUUAAUUAUACAUGAGAUCACGGGAAUUGCUAUUGAAGCACUCCAAGGAGUUCCUUUAUCGGAGUUUAAUGUUGAUGAUAGAAUGAAAUGGGCGAAAAACAGAAUUUCGACGAGAGAAGAAGACGCAGCAUAUAGCUUGCUUGGUAUCUUUGGAGUAUCCAUGCCAGUUAUCUAUGGUGAGGGAAAGGAUAAAGCAUUCAGGAGGCUCAACAGGGAGAUCGAGAGUAAUCCCGAUAAUCCUCCCUCCCCAGAUAAGCGCUGCCUAACUGAUCUGUUCACUACCGAUCCACGAAAGGACAAGCAACGUAUCGAGGAACUGAAAGGAGGAUUGCUCCUUAAGGUAUACGAAUGGAUCUUCAAAAACGCAGAAUACCAACAAUGGUACAACGACCAAAGCAACCGCUUGCUAUGGGUGAGAGGAGAUCCUGGCAAGGGCAAGACUAUGUUGUUAUGUGGUAUCAUAGACGAAAUACAGGCAUCAAAUAAUUACACCUUAGCCUAUUUCUUUUGCCAAAGCAACAUCGAUACUAUUAAUAGUGCUAUCUCCGUCCUACGUGGCCUUAUUUAUAUGCUCUUAGAUGAACAGCCUUCCCUCAUUCGGCAUUUACAAAACGAAUAUGAGGUGCCAGGGAAGCAGUUAUUUGAAGGUAUUAAUGCAUGGGUGGCGCUCUCUAAUAUUCUGAAGAACAUCUUGCAUGAUGAGAAUUUGAAGCCGACGAUCUUGAUUAUUGAUGCACUUGACGAAUGCCAAAAAGAACUGCCACAAUUGCUUCGCCUAAUUGUUUCGGGCUCAUCCAUUUCUUCUCGUGUUAAAUGGCUUGUCUCAAGUCGGAACUGGCCCGAAAUCGAAGAGCAGUUACAACAGACCGAGCAGGAAACCCGGCUCAGUCUCGAGUUGAAUGCUGAAUCAGUAUCUGCUGCUGUCAGGUGGUAUAUCCGAGAGAAGGUGAAAUAUCUUGCGAGAACAAAAAAUUACACAACGGAGACAAAGGAUGCUAUCGAACGUUAUCUCCUAGAACAUGCAAAUGGAACUUUUCUUUGGGUGGCUUUAGUCUGUCAAAAUCUUGAAAAAGCUCGAUUAUUCACGGAUUCAAAGCUACAAGAUUACCCUUCUGAACUUGAUCCUUUAUAUAAUCGUAUGAUGGAACAGAUAGUAGAUCCUGGCUAUUGUAGUAAUAGCAUAUCGGCCUCUUACGCUUGA